AUGGAUGCUAAAAGGACUGCGCGUCACUUAGAAUUUGUUAGCAAUCUAACUGGAGGCACCAUUUUCGAAUUAAUUUGUCUUCUGGUGCUUCCGCUGGCUCUCGGAUUCUCACGCGUCCUCAUCGGCCAUCUCCAUCCAAGAGUGACUUCCAAACUUUCGUGAGUUCUUUUGCAAAGCUGUUCCUGGAAUUUGAUUUUCCAUCAAGGCUCUAAAUUUCCUGUACGUACAACGAUAAUGCGUCAAGGUUUCAUUAAGCGGUUCGAAACGCCCCUCUCUGUAGGCCUCUCGUGUGGGACUUUCUGCUGGUUAUUGCGGUCUUCGUCCUGCCUGUCACUCUGCUCUCCGAAUACAUCAUCGAGAUAACUGUGAUCGCCUGCACAACAGCUAUCCUCCUCUACUGCUACGCUCGAAAUCGACAGCUUCCACCACCUCUUUCCGAGCCUCUCUACGUUUGGCGCCGAGUCCUCCGAGCCUAUAUACUGCUCUUCACCUGCGUAUGCAUCUAUGCUGUGGACUUCCCCUUGUUUCCACGUCGUUUUGCUAAAACAGAGGCGUAUGGUGUCUCAUUGAUGGACAUAGGCGUGGGUCUGAUCUCACUCUACUGUGGUCUCUCUAAUGUGCAAUUCGUGUACUUCCUCCGUUCCGCGCGACCAUACUCCUCCAUUUCACCUGUACUCAGAUCCACCUUCCUUCUGGUCCUUUUAGGCGCCUCGCGCACCCUAGUAAUCAAACUGCUAGGUUUUCCGGAACAUGUAACAGAGUACGGCGUGCACUGGAACUUCUUCGUCACCCUGGCUGUUCUGCGUGUAAGUGUGGUCUGUCAUUUAACUGACAUGUUUGACAGCUUGAACUACAAUAUAGCGGACGAUUGUUCCGAGUUACUGGUGCAACAGAUUUCAUUUUCACAGUAUUAGAAUACAUGGCUGUCCUUUCGAUAAUGCAUUGCCUAACAGCAAUUUGUAUUUCUCCACGCAUUCUUUUUGAUGCUUGUUCAGUAGUUGCAUGUUCAACAGACUACUUUUCUGUGGCCUACGAAAAUGUUAUCUUAUUGUGCUCAUAGGUUAUUUGCAGGGCUACGCCUGUGUUUGCGUCGCAUAUGUCGUUCAAAGUGUUCCUUUUAAUUUAAGUAAACUUGCGGAUAUUCUGUGAACAAUCGUUAUGUUCUUUAUUCAAGGAAACUCGGUGUAAAAGAUACUCUUAAAACUUCCAGUGCACUGCUUGGCAUUCGGUAUUCUCCUUCAAGUUGGCCUUCUAUAUCGAAUAAUUUGCUGACUAUUAGUCACCAAUUGUCCGGCCAUUUGAGGAAACCUCGUACAAGUAGGCGCUAUGUUUGUCAACCGCAGCCAAGAAUGCACGUAGACAGGCCCUGGAGAGUGAGAGAGGCUGUUCUUACUUAUCGUCCGCAACUUUUAAGUCUUCCCUUGCUUACUACUCAGACUGCUCUACCCAUCUUUUCUUUCUACAGCUUGCCGGAUUUCUCGUAGGCAGCCAGUUGUCGCGCCUCUCCAACUUCGCCGCAAUGAAUGCCCUUUUUCUGCUCUCUAUAGCCUGUACUAUAGGUCAUCAAGCGGUGCUAUCCUCACUUGGACUGGAGCAAAGUCUCGCUCCAGACAGCAGCCUACUCAAGGAAGAGGCACGCCGGUCAUCACUGCUGCUUGCCAACGCCGAAGGUCUUGUUUCCUUACCUGGCUACUUUGCCCUUUUCCUCUGGGGCAUGCUGUUGAGCUUCGUGAUUGAUGUUCAUUUGACGGACGGUGUCAGCUCGGUAAAAUACAAGCUAUUGUGCGUGCAGGAGGAGGAGAAGUGGUUCGUUCAUGACUCUGAAUUUUAAUUUGGUUUUCAUUUGGUCCACAACGCGCAGUCAUUUUAUGCAACUAUAUUCCAUGUGUUCUCUGUUGACGGAGAACGCUGUCCCUUGUCUUUGUCGGUAAUGUCAUUCUGCCUAUAACAUGCGCCACAGUGCGGCUGCUGGUUGGACUUGAAAGAGAGCCCCAAAGUUUAGUGGGGCGACCGAGUUCUGUAGAGCAGUCGGUGAGCGUCUCACUACCAUUGUGUAUACCCCAUCACUACCGACAGGACAACGAGCCUGUGACUCCGUUGUUAGAGGCUUCGGACUAUUAACCAACAGUUCGCAGGAUCGAACCCCAGGGGUUGUUCACCUCGGUACUGGGAAUGGCUGACUGACGACGGUUAAUAAGCCAGAAAUGGCCAUUCCAGUCUCCCUUGUUUCUGUCACUAAUGGACGCGACUGUUGGCAUAGUCCUGGCGCUCUGAAAGGGCUACGUGGCAGCGACAAAAAGAAACUGUUCUUGCUGUUUUCCUCAAGAACAGGAGAGUUCCGCUUCUUUUAGGCAUAGGACCGUGUUAUAUGACUGGAAGCGAUAGCUGUGAUUCCGUUCGAUUUUCUCUCCUUUCCAGCUCUCCCAGUAGUUUCUUCACUUUUCGGGCGUUUCACAACUUUUUGGCCCAUGAACGAUUCGACAGUUUUCGCCCUUGUGCCAUUGGUCCGAGUCCAUAUUAAGUUCCUGUGAAUAUAACCUUUGCUUUAGGCGAGGUCUGCCCCGCCGAGUAUCUCUUCUGCUCGCGUUAAUGGCCAUUGGAUUUCUUUCGGUCACUUAUUGGUAUGGAGAGGCUGCCACAUCUCGUCGUUUCGUCAAUUUGCCAUUUAUUUGUCUUCAGGUGGGCCCCCCUUCACUUUCUUUUAUUUGUCAGCUCUCAAACCAAUCGCCCUCCUCACUUCUUUUCUCUUUACACGGCUUAGGCGUUCAUCUCCUACGCUAUUGCGGCAUUCACACUUCUCUGUUUGUAUCGAGAUCCUGCAAGAAAAUCGUCAGUGAAAAAGGGUGAGUACUGUUUUGUCCAUGCAACGGCGUUCACUAUAAAUGAUUCAGCUGUGUCCUUGCCGCCAGUUCAACACAUCACAAAUAUUUGCCAUCCAUUUAAGUAGGUUGGGGGCGGAAUCCCGAGCGAAGUUGAGCCAGUUGGCCACGCAAACUGAGGACCGCAAGGCCAAAGGAGCGCUCACCACACCCACCCAUGUUUUUGAUCGGCGACCCCAACGUCGUCAUCAUCAUCAUCCGCGGUCGGGCUCAUGCGAAAUGAGAUCGUGGAUGAUUUCACCGUCGUGUCGGAGGGCACUCCAACCGAAGCAUGUCGUUGGCAAAUGAGGAAGGCGUAGUUGACCAAUUCGAUUCGUGUGCGGCUGUUCGUUAACGACGAGAAAUUCAGAGAAUGGGAAGCAAACAGUAUCGCGAUGGAACACGUGCAGGCGGGCGGAAUCUCCUGACCUUAGGGGCCAUGCCCCACAUCCACACAGAAAGUCCGUGCCGGCAGAGGCCUUGUAUACUCAUGGCUUUAAUUUCGGACAGAUCUCACACCGACUCCAGAGGUGUCGACGGAAUCAGACGAAAGGUCGCGCGCUCGCCUGAUUGGUCUGAUGACCGUCUCGACCUGUUAAUCGGCCUACUCAACAGAAAUCUCCACCCAGGUUAGCUGGAUUUGUCCACUAUGCCAAGAAUUCCAUCAUCUGUCGUGACCGGAUUGGUAUCUUUGAUCGCAAAACCCUGACGUGAAGGCGUAGGUAACAUCGGAGAAGUCACACUUCUACCCAUUCAAGCGGACUUAGAAGCUUAUUCCGUGGUAGCGGACUUGGAUCAAAUGAAGCAAGUUCACUUGGAUGCCAUCGCGUACAAGGAUCAACUUCAACGGGACCCGGUAGACGCAAAAUCCGCGAAAGAGAUGGUCUAUUGACAGCAUUUCCGGUGUUCGAGGGUUCAAAAGAGAGGAUAAUGCUGGUCUGCGCACUUCUCCCCGGCUGGAAACCCCACUCAUUCUCUUUUGUCCACACAUCGCAGUAUAAGUGGAAGCCCUUCAGAAGGAACAGGAAGAGGAGAAGAUAAACUGAACACUUAAAGAUACGCCACAGUCGUCCUCAAACAGUCAUCUGUCGCUCCUCCGGAAGGAUGUUGUUGCAAAAACAUCGCACCAGUCUGUGAGAACGCCUUCUGCUUCCCGCAUGCGCUGCAGGAUGCCGUUCAGUUAGUCUGUCGGUACGGUUGAACAGCAUUUCUGCUGGAUAACAGUUCUCAAUAGAUGCGCUGGGAUUCCUAAUUUUUACUAAUGCCAACACUGAUGCAUACCAUCAUCCCUUGGUUGUGCCGGAUAGAACCAAAGGCUGGUUGACCUUCCGAAUCCAGCCCAGCCUCCUUGUAUCUUCCCUGGCCUAGGCGAUUUAGUGAUCUCGCACAGUUUUGUAUUCCAAAGUUGGUUGCGGUCGUACCGUGCCGGGUGCUUGUUUAAACUACUCUGGUCCCCAUAGUUCGGACCAUCCCGAUUGCAAGCAGCCCUAGCGCUAUCAGCCAACCAGAUCGUCUCGGUGGGCAUCCAGUCCUUUAGAUGACCUCUAUUGUGACCUAACAGCCCCUGGGGUUGACUCUAGAGCCUGUUUCAUUUGAAGCUGAUUAACUUCGGCUAAAGUGGCCUCGUAGACUUUUGUCUGCGUCAAUGCAAUUAAGGGGUUUGGAGACAGCAGCAAGUUCCAUGAUACGCUCAGCGUUAUGUUUGUUUACAGGUCGUGCCUUUUCGACAGUACGUUUUCAGCGGCGUAGUCAGGAUCAUUUUCGUAUUGGCGGGAUACAUCGCGUGGCGGUGCAGCACUGGGCUAACCAAACGUGCUCUUGAAAACGUGUAGUCCAUUUGCCUAUCAUUGAACUACCAGUUGACUAGAUAUCUCCCAAGGCGUCGGAAUCAAACUCCUGUAACAUCUAAUGGUUCAUCGCAGCGAAAUUGACUGUCCUUCACCGUUAAUGCAGCAGUCUUCCAAGUACCCCCCCCCGCCCCCCUCCCCUGUUGCAUAUGAUGGCCUCCUGCAAAUCGCUCCACCACCGCGCGAGUCCCAGUCCGCAACAAUCUUUUCCAACCGUUUGGUAUUCGGUCUGGCGUUCGACAGGUUUGUUUCCUGUCGCCCAUUCUGUUCGACUACGCUAUUGACUGGAAUCUCGGGAGGACCCUACACGAAAGUGACGGUGUUGGAUUUGCAUCUGGACACCGACUGACUGAUCUCGACUAUGCCGAUGAUAUCGCCUUACUUGCUUCAAGUUUUGAUGAUCUGCAGUCAGUGGUGUCACGGGUGAACGGGGUCGCUAAAUCGUCGGUUUAUCCAUAAACGCUGGGAAGACUGAAGUGUUUUCAUUCCUGACCAGGUGGAGGCCCCUCCUGGGAUUGAUGGCUGACAAAUUGAAGCAGACAGUUUUAAAUACCUCGGGGCGAGGCUGCUGCCGAAUGGCCAGAGUAAAGAUGGCAUUGUCUCCCGCAUUGAUACUGCCCGACGGGUCUUCUCAAGCCUUAGAAAAUGCCGGUAGAUCUCACGCGACCUCUCCAUCGCCACUAAGAUUCGCGUGUACCGCGCGUCUGUCCUUUAUGGUUGUGAGUGCUGGGCUGUGCGCGUUGAAGACGAGCAAAAACUGAGGUAUUUGACCACCACUGCUUGAGGACCAUCCUUCGAGUGAACUACACCGAUUUCGUCUCAAAUGAAACAGUCCGCGCUCGCCGCGACGACAUCGCAUGGAUAAUCCAGGUUACCGAAGAAAGGCGACUGAGGUGGUUUGGGUAUGUUUUUCGUCGUCUACAUCAGAAGCUCGGUGUUACUGCGCUCGAUCCGGCACCGUUACCCCAUUGGAGGCGUCGAAGUGGAGUGGGUCAACUCAAAACCUCGCUCGGCACAGUUCUUUGGGGGCAUGGAGGUGGCUCUUGGACCUUCGGUAUUCGGUCUCCGUCGUUGGCGAAGAGAAUGCGUUGAACUAUCCAGGUCUGCUGCUGCCGCGGAUCGUCACGCUUGGAGAAGUUCAGUUCGCGACAUCAUCGAGGCUGGCUAGUUCAGGCAUGACCGCAGCCGUACCGAGUACAAGUACCUAUCGUCCAAAUCCAUCGUUUGGUCGUAGACCGCAACUGCACGAAGACAAACAAGGCCAGUCCUCGAGAAGACUUAUUGGUGACACCUUCGUAGUAGGAGUGUCAGCAUUCUUGGGCUCCAGCAACUUAACAAUGUGUGACCUAUACUGUGGCAAGUGUGCCUCGGAACGACAGGCACCGCCGAACGCUCGUCUAGUGAGGCUACGCGUCACCAGUUCUCACUUUGUAGCACAAUCCUUUCUUUGGAAAGGUCAUCUUACACACCUAUCACUCGGCCCAUUGUUAGAAGUCCAGACCCAUCAAUUGCCGCCGUGGCUGUCAUUUGCGGUUGAGGAACUCUCAUAAGAUAGAAACGCAGACGAGUUAGUGCAAGUCGGUCUCUCCUGGUCGUUGACCUGUUUUAUGGAUAUUGAUGCAGCCUGCCAGAAAUCGAAGGUACGACGGCUCUAUUUAACGACGGUUUGUGCUCUGCACGUUGCAGUGCCGCCCCCGGGUUUUUUAGAGCAGCCAAUCACCCGGUCCCAAUUCUCGCCCUCCCGCUUAGUCGCGAGCUCAAACAUCAAAAAAGCCCCACUAUCCGCUACUCGUGAGUGUGAUGCUUGGUCUGUAGCUGGGUUAACAGGUUUAUUCCAUCUUUCCGGUACAUACAUAUAUAACGUCCUUGUCCGGGUGGCUGGGCGUCCCUAUCUGUUGUUGAACUACCUUUUCCCAGCUACUUAAAUCGAAUAAGUAGACACGGCACGAAAAUGUAAUUCAGAGGGUACUUUUAUCGUGCCCUAGGCUUUGCAUGGUGUUCCACAUGUGCGGUUUCCGAAGUAAUGAACCCAACAUUUCCUCUUACCUAGAUUACAUUCAUUCUACUAUGAUUUGUACUUUUGUUUUCUAUCUCUGUGCUGUUCUCUUCCUGCACCUGUCUACCAAGCCUCCAGCGCGCCUCCUUCAUUCUUGCUGUAUCAUUUAAGCCAUUAUCACCUCCCUGGCUACUAUUUUCUCGGUCGUCGACCGUUGAAAGUUGCCACCAUCAGCUCCCAACCACGUAAGAAGUCUGCAGUCUUUUAGUGGGACUAGCCUACCAGCGAAUGAUAAUUCAGAGUAGUAAAAAUUGUUGUCAACACGCAAGAGACGGUUGUCGAAAGAGCGGGGUUUCGGUCCACCGGUAGUCUAUGUGUACGCCUAACCUUCUGCGUGUCCAGCGCUUCCAUCUUCAACAGAAUGGUUUCCGCUGAAGCCUAGCUGUAGAUUCUACAUUACGGAGCGACAGCGAUAGUGCUGAGACGAGGGUGUGGGGGCGUUCUUGUUUUAACUGCCUUUGUCUUAUGUAAUGUAGAGGCUCUGACGGGACGAAGAAGCUUGAAACAGAAGGUUGCAUGUAGAUAGGAACACAGUUGUACCACAGGUUCGUUCACUUGCCAUUUUCAAAAUGAAUAGACAAAGGUGGGUGGAUAUGGGUCGUCUGCGUCGAAACGAUCAAGAUCGUGCCUACUUCUAAGCGUACCACGCACGCGCCGGAACUUAACUUCAGCCGACGCUGUCUGAGGUUUUCCACCGCGGAGGGUUGUUAUAAAGACCACCUUUAGGAGUAGCCAUAGUGGCCUUGUCGUCAAUCUCUAGUGGAACCAAGUUUGCCGCGAAUUUUGACAUCUUCCAGGAGUUUGAGUGCGCGUUAAAUUUCGUAGCGACGAAGACCGCAACUGGUCUGAGAACGCAGUGACGACUUGGACAUAAAGUUAUCUAAAAUGAGGGGGAUUCUUGCAGCAUCUGCUUCAUCCCAAGUUCUUACACUUGCCAUUUUAUAAAUGAAUAGACAAAGACGGGUGGCUAUGGGUUGGGAGCGCAUAAACGGUUAAAAUUUUUGCCCCACUUGACGCGUGCCACGUACGAGCCUGGGUUUGACGCGGUCUCCGGUUUUCCCACGGCGAUGGGUUUGGUACAAAGACUGCAUUUAGAAUGAGCUAUUGUUUCUUCAUCCUCAAUUCCUAAGGGAACCAAGCUAGCCACGAAUUUCAGCGCCUCCUAAGAGUUUGAGUGCGCGUCGACUUUUGUAGAAAGCAAUGUUUGCACUGACUCCUUACCGGAUCAUCUGCGCACUCGUCUUGCAUCAGUCGCUAGUCUGCGUAAAAUCGCCGGCAGCUGAGACCGGGCACAGCGAAUAACAUGCCGUGAAGGUUGCAUCUAGCGCCUACAUCUCAAAUUCACUGCGUCCCUUAAGGGCUAAAAUGCAUCAUAGGCUUGUCGUGCGCGACUGCGCAACUGGUCCGGGAGGAGGGGGGGCAGGUUAUCAACGAAUAACUCGAUAGAUGAAUGCCCUAGCCACUGAAGGCGUAAUGCUUGGGCCCUCUUUUUUGUUACCUCAGUUAAGUGCUGCGUCGCCUAAAGGGCUAAAAUGCGUCACAGGCUUGUUUGACAUUGGUUUGAGUCAUGCGUGACAGUGCAUCUAGUUAGGGGGUGGGGGAAUGUAAUAGAUGAAUUAAUCAAUAAGCGAACACCGUAGUUCCCGAAAGCAUAAUGCCUGAGCCCUCUUUUCCGGUUACCUCAAUUAAGUGUUGCAGGCUUUGUAUCCUAUUAAAACUGCGAGUCCAUUGCCACAUCUCACCUCUUAUUUCUGCAUUUUAGACCUGAUGCCGCUAAUAACCAUAGUCUCCGGGAACUCCAUGCUUUACUUCCUUGUCUCAAACAUCAUGACGGGUUCGCUGAACCUCCUGAUCGACACGCUGGAGCUGGGAGAUAUGCGCCCAGUCUGGUUGAGCAACGCCUGUCAGUUCUGCCUCCUGACUGCCUAUGUGAUCAUCUCCCCUCUGGCAACGGGCUUCCUUCGUCGUCGAGUCUUGGACGUCUACUUUUAGACCGUCCGCAUGCUAUUUGAGCUCUAGCGCCUUGUUGGUUUAGUCGUUAAGGCCUUUCUUUCCCCGUGUUUUUUGAGCAGUGGGAAAUGCAAGCUUGUGACUUCUGUCCGGUCGUCCCCCAACCUCCGGAGAAAGUAGACGAACCGUACGUUGGUGUCAGCAGAUUGCGUCCCCUUCAUGAGUCUUUCUCGCCCACGAUGCACACUUUCGCCGUCAGUACGGUCUUCCUCCUGUCUGUGAUUCCAAUGACUUCUAGGUUUGCUUCCGUAGUUUGUUUUGUUACCUUUUUGAAGUUGAACAAUAAAAAAGAUAGGUCGAACGUUUUUCGUUUUUCUUCUGCUUCACUUUUUGGCAAGCUGUUGAGCAUGAGUUGUUUGCUGCACAAAUGGUGAAGAUGGUUCUACCAAUUGAAGUGUUUGUAUGCGUACUUGUGUUAUGGCACGCUUGUGGUGGCACUGUUUGUUGCUGGCAGAUCUGGUGUCUGGUCCGAUAUGAUCCACGUCAAGGUUUCUCGUUGUGUGAGUAUCUACCAAGACACCUUCCACACUACCUCUUAUGGUAAGAAUCUCGAAAACAGAAGGCAGGCAGAUUGAGUGGUUGCACUCGUUGGUUUUUGCUUUCCAUGCGGAACAGGCUGGAUUUAUUGAAUAGGCCAUCUGGAUUGGUUGUAAAGCUGACUAGUUCGCAUUCCUUUAUAGGCAACUUACCCAUUUGUGGAGCGAACUGUUGGAUUGAGGUUGGGUGCAUAAGUCCAGUCUCGUCAAGCAUCCAGACCCCUGCGUUCCUUCUGGCCUUGGCGUUCCAUCUUCUUUCGACGACACAGGCUGCUCUCAGCGAAACUUUCAGAAAUAACAUCGAUCAAAUCACAAGCGAUUUUGACAUGUGGCGCAAGCGCAUCUUGUCCUUAGUCAUCCCUUACAUCCCUGUUGACCUGAAACACUAUUUUCCCGGCUGGUUGUCUUCAGUACACAUGAAGUGGCUACUAUCAAAUAUUAAUAGGCAGUCUCGUAUGCAUCUUUAUUAUAGAGGGAGUCGUAACACGACACCACCGCAUCCCCAUCCUCUGAGAUGAAGGCCACAUUGCCCGAGAACGACAUGGCCACGGAUGGAGAGAAGAAUCCAGAUCGCCUCCUCCACUGGAGGAAAACACCAACAACACCGGGGAUCACCGCGGAACGUAUGGUCGCGGUGACGAUGACAACAUUGCCCUCCCGCCUUCGGUGAUCACAGCUCCCGAACCCGACAAGAGUGCCGGCAACAGUUACUCAGAACUGUCGAAAAAGGAACGGAAGAAAAGAGGUUUGUCAUCCAAAUACACUGUUUACUAUUCGUUUUCGCGCGUAUCGAAGGGGGAGCGGCCAUUUUCCUUGAAAUGCCUGCUUUUCAUGAUUAUUUAUUGUUCUCGAUGUCUUGCAGAGACCCUUGGUCUGGAAUUCGUUAGGCGGUAUCGGCCACACCUUGGUGAGUCGCUGUCCUCCUGCUGUCAUACCACCUUCAUUGCCUUCUUUUUCCCUUCUUUCACCUGA